AUGGAGUUGAGGGCCUUGAGGCUUCACCGGAGAAUGGAGUUUGGUAGACGAGAGAUGGAGUUGAGGGCCUUGAGGCUUCAUUGCUUCGGGCUUUGGAGAACGGCGCCUUCAGAUUUGGGUUUGGGGUGUAUUAGGGUUAGACAGGCUGCGUGGGAGAUAUCACUUCUGAUCCAUUCCGAGUACUCCUUGACUGAACCUUAUGUUGCACGUGUAAUUUUUGAAGCGCUUCAGUGCGAGUCUGCUAUUUUUAUCGGAAACAGCAUGCCAAUACGUGAUGCUGACAUAUAUGGAUGUAACUGGGCAAAAUGUACCCAUAGUUCUGCUAUGAAAUCAGGCUCAGGAUUAACAUGUCACUGGAUACAGGUGGCUGGGAAUCGGGGAGCAAGUGGUAUCGAUGGUUUGCUUAGCACAGCUGUUGGUUUUGCUGUUGGAUGCAACAAACGAGUACUUUGUAUGGUUGGAGAUGUUUCUUUUUUGCACGAUACAAAUGGAUUGGCAUUGCUCAAACAACGGAUACAGCGGAAACCAAUGACCAUUCUUGUGAUAAACAAUCAUGGUGGUGCAAUCUUCAGUCUCCUUCCCAUUGCAGAUAGAACUGAACGGAGAGUGUUAGAUCAAUAUUUCUACACAUCUCAUAAUAUUUCAAUCUCCAACCUCUGUAUGGCACAUGGUGUGAAGCAUGUGCAGGUGCAGACAAAAAUUGAACUGCUAGAUGCUUUAUUUACAUCUCAACAGGAUGAUACUGAUUGUGUCAUAGAAGUUGAGAGCAGCAUUGAUGCCAAUGCAAACUUCCGCAGUAGUUUGAAAAAGUUUGCUUGUCAAGCAGCAGAUGAUACUUUAGGUAUCCUGUCAGGACUUUCAGUUUCAGAUUCCAUCUUCAAUGGCUUCAUGAUUUGCAAAAUUUAUAAGAUGGAGUAUUCUCUGUAUAGAGUUCAGCUCUCCGCUCCACCAACUUCUGCUUCUGUCAAUUCUAAUCUUACCACAUUGCAUAGAGAAGGCUUCAUUAUAGCUUUAUCUCUUGAUGAUGGAAGUGUAGGGUUUGGGGAGGUAGCACCUCUGGAAAUACACAAAGAAAACCUGCUGGAUGCUGAAGAGCAACUUCGGUUUCUUGGUCGUAUCAUAGGAGGAGCUAAGAUUGAUUAUUUUCUUCCUCUGCUGAAGGGCUCAUUUUCAUCUUGGAUAUGGAACAGUUUAGGAAUCCCGCCAGGUUCAAUUUGUCCGAGUGUCAGAUGUGGUUUGGAGAUGGCUGUCCUCAAUGCUAUAGCAGCUAGGGAAGGUUCAAGUUUAUUGAAUAUACUAUAUUUGCAUGCGAAUAAGCAAGAAAAAAUAUCCUGGAAGUCACAAAAUGUUAAAAUUUGUGCCCUUGUUGAUUCUAAUGGGACUCCCAAGGAUGUCGCUUAUGUUGCCACUACACUUGCAGAAGAAGGGUUCUCUGCAAUAAAGCUAAAGGUAGCACGUCGAGCCGAUCCCAUUGAAGAUGCUGCAGUUAUACAGGAAGUAAGAAAGAAGGUUGGGCACCAGAUUGAGCUCCGUGCUGAUGCGAAUCGGAAAUGGACCUAUGAUGAAGCAAUUCGAUUUGGGUUUGCUGUGAAAAACUGCGACCUGCAAUAUAUUGAGGAACCAGUUAGUGAUGAGGAUGACAUAAUUAAAUUUUGUGAAGAAACUGGCUUACCUGUAGCACUGGAUGAAACCUUGGACAAUAUUGCAGAAAACCAUCUUGAGGUGCUUGCAAAAUUCACCCACUCAAGAAUAGUUGCUGUUGUUAUCAAACCAAGCAUUGUUGGGGGUUUUGAAAAUGCUGCACUGAUUGCAAGAUGGGCUCAGCAGCAUGGGAAGAUGGCUGUUGUCAGUGCUGCAUUUGAAAGUGGCCUAGGUUUGUUGGCUUAUAUUCAGUUCUCUAGUUAUGUUGAGCUUCAAAAUGCAGCUUUGUGUAGAGUGAUGAAUAAGGAACCAGCAUUAUCCGUCAUCCAUGGUCUUGGGACUUACCGAUGGCUUAAAGAAGAUGUAAUGACUGAGCCCCUGAAAAUUUGUCGUAAUCCACGUAGUGGCUUUGUGGAGGCAUCUAUUGUUGAUGCUGUUCAGCUGCUGCAGAAAUUUCAGAUCAAUAAAAAUGUCAUUGUUCGAACCUUUACUAGGGAGCAAGUUCGUAAUUACCAGUUAUCAGUCGACUCAGAGCAUUUCUCCUUCUCCUUCAAUAUUCAAGAGAUUGGACCAAGCAUUGAUAAUAGUGUACUUGUGUUUCUUCAUGGCUUGUUUGGAACUGGUGAAGACUGGAUUCCCAUUAUGAAGGCCAUCUCAGGAUCUGCAAGAUGUGUUGCAAUUGAUCUUCCUGGACAUGGGGGAUCUAAGUUACAAAAAAUGUCCGAUCAUGAGGCAGCACAAGAACCAAAUUGGUCAAUUGAGGUAGUUGGAGAUAUGCUAUGCAAGUUGUUUCAUCAGCUUACAAAUAGGAAAGUUACUCUUGUUGGAUACUCAAUGGGUGCAAGGAUUGCAUUAUACAUGGCCCUGAAAUGCAGUGAUAAGGUUCAAGGAGCUGUUAUAAUUUCUGGAAGCCCCGGAUUGACUGAUAGAGAAGCAAGGAAAGUUCGUUGUGCUAAAGAUGAUUUCAGAGCAUGCUCCCUUGUUUCAUAUGGCCUAGAGGGCUUUCUAGACAGCUGGUAUGCUGGAGAGCUGUGGAGCAGCUUAAGAGGCCAUCCACAUUUCAAGCGAAUAGUAGCUAACCGUUUGCAGCAAGAUGACGUGCACACUCUUGCUAAAGUUUUAUCUGAUUCAAGUGUUGGGAGGCAGCUGCCAUUAUGGGAAGAUUUGAAACACUGCAAAGUACCCGUUCUGCUGAUUGUUGGAGAGAGAGAUGCAAAGUUUAAGAGGAUUGCAAAGGACAUGUGCUCGAUUAUCAACUCUGGUACAUGGAGUAGAGAUCAUCCAGCAAUAGUUGAAAUUCCUAACUGCGGGCAUGCUGCCCAUCUUGAGAAUCCUCUCCCUGUUAUCCGUGCAGUGAGAGAGUUUUUAACAACACUAAAAGAAGAGUUCGUGAAGUGGCAAGGACUUUGUCGAGCACUUCAAUGA